UGUGAAUUCCUUGCCUCAUCAUGACUGCCUUCAUGUGCAGACUUGAUCCCAUUUCCUUGGUUGGCCAACGUCAACGUCACGAGCAGUCUGGGACGGUACUUCCAGUAAACGUCGAACACACGCCUUCAGUCACCCACAGUAUCUAUCGAACUCGAGGAAGGAGUUGUGCGCUGGGGAAUCCAUAGAUCUGUAUAGAAGUCUGCCACAAUCUAUGGGGGAAUCUAACUAGAGAUAACAUGGCUUCGAACAUAAUACUGUGAAAAGAAAGAUUCCAAGAUGCUGAAAACAAGUGUUCUGAUUGUCGUCUUUGUUUUGAUCCGUGACGCCGCGUCAGUGGACUUGCAUUGCGUCAAUGACUUUGACACUAUCAUGAUGUGCGAAUUUGUACCCGAGCAGCCGGUUGACUGCUCCAUAUAUGCGCUGCGUGUGGAAUUCUGGCCAAAAGACCCUCAACUUAAAAGGGGAUACGAGUGCCCUCUGAAGAAUUCCACUGACAAGGAAUGUGGCUGCUCAAUUGAAAUCGCAAAGGGAUUUUUGCUGGCUGAGGACAGUACAGUAACCUUAAGAAGGGUUGACAAUGGGACGGAACUCAAACGCACAGUUAUUAGUACGGAAGGCACAAUAAAGCCAAAAACGCCAACGAUGACCAAUGUCACGCUGACAAGAGCUGGGCAAACUACGGUGAUAUGGCGGACCAACUAUGAAGACUCAAAGGUCGUACAGCCUGGUUUUACAGAAAAACUGGUGACGGAAAUUUACUUCAAGGAAAAGAAUGCCAAAGAAUGGGACACAUCUAUUGUUAAGGCAAUGCAUAAAACACAUCUAGACAUGUUAUUGGAGCCAAAUACUGAGUAUAUUUUCAAGGCUAGAGUGUACCACUCCGAGUAUUUGAAGUACAGUGACUGGAGUGAAGAAUUUCAAUAUGCUACAUUGGACUCUGGCGAAGAUGUGUCUAAAAAAGUGAUCCCAGUCCUGGUUGUGAUCCUGGUCUUCAUUGUGUGUACAUUAGCAUGCUGCUAUGCAAAAAUCAAGAAAGAGUGGUGGAGCAAAAUAUCCUCAACUCCAAAAAUUGGGCCUAUUGAUCAUCUUAAAUCACAAGAAAAAAUGUUUCUCAACCCAGAGAAGACUACAACAUCUAGUCUCAUGGUGGACAUCUUUAAAACUGACAUCAUGGAAGAGGAGAAGAGCAUAGCGGUCUCCUCGGUCGGCGGUAGCAGUGGACACUUCAGCAACGCGGAGAGCUCCAAGACAUCUCUCGGGGACUACGGCCGCGUCACCUCCCUCCACGAGGAAGAUCUGAAAGACGCCCAGCUCUUCCCGGAGCGCGUGAGCUUGGCUUUCCAGCACGACAUGGAGCAGGCACGUCGGAUCCGGUUGGACCAAGUACCUGGCCUAGCACUGAAGUGCCAGAGCGUCGGCAUAUCGCAAGGGUCCGAGUCGGAGCGAGGGUCGAGUCCCACUUAUGACCAGUCAUCCUCCUCUGGCUCGUCUUUCAACAACAGGUGCUACUCGCCACUCGUGCCCAAUCACGGCCAGUCCUCCUUCUUCACCAUGUCCAGUGGCAGUGGCAGUGACCACGGCUACCAGUCGGACGGCAGCGGCGGGGUGUCCCCCGUGUCAUUGACCGCAGACCACGUCACUCCAUUCGUCCAGACAGACUUUGACUAUCGAUCGUGCGACGGGUGUCUGAUCGGCAAGGUAGAGCCCAUCUCCCAGUUCACAGGUGUUUCACCUCUUCAGCUUGUCAGCUCCUCCGGCGAGGCUGAUGAGAGGCUGAUGAAGAUGGGAGGACAGGGCCAGGCACUGAGCACAUGUGUGGACAUGCUGGAGAAAGGGAAGGAGUGGGGGAUGGAGCAGUUCCCGCCUUGCCUCCCUCAACAGACUGGAGCCAUCCUGGUGGAGGAUGAUUAUCGGCCUUUCUGAGUUUGAGUCAAACUGAAGCACGAGGGGAAAUAAUGGACACAAAGCAAUAUUCUGGACUGUUUCUUGGGAGGGGGGGGGUCCCUGGUGUUUAAAAAAAGACAUGGAAAUAAACUGGAACUGUGCAGAGAGGAAGAAAGUAAUUGGCGAGUGACCUUGAAACACUCAAACCAAAGUCAUCAGACUUUGCUUCAUUCUCUAACACAUGGGACAUUACUCCUAACAAAGCCACACGGGACAUUUCUUUGGCUUUGGCUAUUGUGUGAAGUAAGUGGAUAACAAGAAGUGCUACCUAAAAAUGUAGUGUGUGUGUGUGUGUGUGUGUGUGUGUGUGUGUGUGUGUGUGUGUGUGUGUGUGUGUGGUGAUGCUAGUUGAUCUAGAUUAUGGAAAAUUGAUAUAUUUUCAUGUGUACAUAUUAUGUAUAUUUGUGCAUUGUGCAUAUACAUAUCAGAAGGUCAAAGGAACCAGCUACUUGUGGAACUAACUCACAGUCAUUGUCACCAUUUUGUAGAUAUUCUGUUUUCAUCAAUGUAUUGUCACUGUGUGAA